AUGCCGCAAGCAUGGAAUCAAGCACUGGUGCGGAUCGCUUCUGCCAAGGAUCCGAAUGCCUUGCCCACGGACGACCGCGUGCUCUUCUACGAUGACCGCACUAUCACCAUCUACGACAAGUUCGCCAAGGCGCAGUACCACUUUCUCGUGCUCCCUCGCAUCCCCUUCAAGCUCGCAAAUGGUCGCGACAAGGGCAAUCCUGCUCAGGCGCCUCCUGCUCUCUCAGCCGCGAAUGGCAAGCUUACGCUCGGAUCCACUUCGUCCAAUGUCGUGCCUGCGUCUCACCUCCGCAACAUCUCGGCUCUCAUGACCAGUCCGUAUGUUGUCGAGGUGCUGGCUGCCGUGCGCGAGGCGAGUGAUCGUGUCUUGGACCACAUCCGUGAUGACAUGCAGCGCAAGCACGGCGUGACUUGGUCCAUCGAGCGCGCCUUCCACGCCGUAUCUAGCAUGGAGCAUCUGCAUCUGCACGUUACGUCCAUGGACCUCGUUUCGGACCGUCUCAAGCACAAGAAGCACUACCUCUCGUUUGUGCCCACCGUCGACUUUGCACAGCGGCUCGACGACGUGGACAAGAUGGUGGCGGAAGGCAGGCAGGCAUUGCCAAAAAGCGAAAGGGCGUACGAAAAUUUGCUCAAAGGACCGCUCACCAGCCAUCACACGGGCCAAAGGUUUAAGUUCUUCUCCGAGCUCAAGGCGCACCUGGAAUCGCACUGGCGCCAUACGGUGCUUGCGCAGGGCGAAACGGGUCCAGAAACCCAUGCGGAGAGCACCGCAUCCAAGAGGGCAGCAAGCAUCGGCGCUGAAGAACACUCCACAAGCCGUCGCAAGGUGGAAUCUCACCAACCCGAGAGCACAAGUGGGCCCAACGCAACCGAGUCAGACACCGACGAAGAACCUGCGUUGCCGCUAAGGUGA